AUGCUUCGAUUCAGAAGAUAUAUUUCAGUUUCCAGGAACUUAUUUCAAGCGAUUUCAAAAGCCCAGUCACAAAGUUAUAUAAAAUUAUUUAAACAGCCAUAUUUCCAUAAAAUUAAUGAGCAAUUAAAUAAAAGAAUUGAAACAUUAGAACCGUACGAACUUUCCAAUGAGAUAACUAAUGUUGUGAAAGAUUUAAAAUUUACCGAGCAGGAAGCUUCUGUCGUGCAUAACAAAAUUAUCGAAGAGCUGACUAAGUACAAUUUUGGUAUAGCUACUAUUCAAUCACAGCUUUUAAAGGAAUUGAAACAGAAAUUAUCUAUAGAAGCUCUUUUACAAUUGAUUGAACAUAACCCUGGUAGAAUUAACUCAUCUUGGGAUCUAUUUGUUGACAAUACGAAAGGUUUUGAGGAAGUACCAGACGAAUUGUUUGUUAAAGUUUUGUUAAAAAUUGUGAACUUUGAUAGUGCAGAUGUUAAGGAUGGGAAGACUGCGAUGACAGUUACUGAUAUUACCAAUGCGAUAUAUAUUCUUUCAAAUAUAAAAAACAAAACAUUAGUAGACCAAAAGUUAAUUGAUAGAAUUGCCACUGCGAUCUUAGAAUCAAAUGCCACCAAAUGUCUCCCACUAAUUUUAGGUUAUUCUCCAUCACUUCGUGUUUUUAAUGAAAAAUAUGAAGAGUUAACAUACUUACAAACCUAUUAUGUUUUUAAGUCGUACCGUUUCGAAGAUUUGAGGACAUCUCCAGUUUAUGUAUAUAAAUUGGUCAAAGGGACUGGAAGACCUGAUAAACUAAAACCUACAGAAGAGGAAUUAGAGGCAAACAAAUCUAUUGAUGAACAAAUUACAAAUAUUAACAAAAUUUUAAAUCACAAAUGGGAACUCAGCACUCCUGAACUUGUACCAGCUCAUGUCGAAAAGAAUUUUUUCCGUAUUCUAGAGGAUUUACAAAAUGGCAAUAAGAUCCAAACAGAUUUUGGUUUCGUAAAGUUAAUUCUGAGAAUAUUUUCAUUAACUAGGGGAAAUAUCGAAGAAUUUAUGGAUUUUUACAUUAAAUGUGGUAACAAAUUUACAGAAAUAAAAGAUGAGAUGGCGUUUGAAGCAUACAUGGCAUAUAGUUAUAAGGCAUUUAAAACAGGGGACGCAUCGUUUCUUCAAGCUGCUCAAAAUUGGUUGCCGAAAACAUCCCAUAAUCCUAUACUAAGAACAAAUAUACUAAGGGUAUCGAUUUUAACAAAUUCGAGGUUUGAUAUUGAGAAAUCUCUGAGUAUAUUUAACGAUAAUAUCCACAACUUAAGUAAAGAAAAAAGUGAACACGAAAUUGGAUCUCAAGCUGAUUUAGUCACAGAGUCAUUGAUAUUAGCAUAUUUAUAUAAAGAAGACAUUGAUUUCGCUAGAAUGGUACUUGAUAAAGCAAUGGGGGAAAAACUAUUUUCUGGCAAGAUUGCUGUCAGAAACAUUCAGAAACAUCUAGCCGGAUAUGGUGAGGCUGUCGAAAACAAGACUCUUCAAAAGUUCCUAAAUGAUGACAUAUGCGAAUAUCUGCAAAAUUUAUAG